AAUAAGCCUCUCAUGAACACAGCCUUGGCUGAUUGGCUCAUUUUUUUGAUCAGUUCCGGUUUCGGCUUCCUGGCGGCGUUCAGUUCAUCACCUGCUGCCGAGAUCCACUCAAAGUAUCCCGGAGGAGUUAACCUGUAGCAGAGUGUGUGGUUAAUCUACUCCUGCGUCCAGCCAAGGGCUUCAAAGUGAUCCCUCUCAGGCUUUUCCCAGCCACUUUAUUUUCCCAAACAGAGCAGAAAACCCACUGAGGGAAUGGAAAUAGCUGUGGUGUUCAAGAAGCUGUGGUGUGUCCACAAGCAGCUGCUUGUCUGCCUCGCGCCGCUCCUGUUCCUUCCUUUAGUUUUUACUCUGCCAGAAAAGGAGGGAAAAUGCCUUUACAUUGUGGUACUGAUGGCUACGUAUUGGUGCACAGAGGCCUUGCCUCUGGCAGUCACUGCGAUGCUUCCAAUCUGCCUCUUCCCGACGCUGGGGGUUCUCCCAGCCAAAAAAGUCUGCCCCCAGUACUUAAUAGAGACCAACUUCCUCUUCUUCAGCGGUCUUGUGUUGGCGUCGUCGAUUGAGGAUUGCGGCCUGCAUCGUCGUAUAGCACUGAAGGUCCUUAGUAUUGUCGGAGUGAAACCCGCCUGGCUCAUCUUGGGAAUGAUGAUGACCACAUCCUUCCUGUCCAUGUGGCUCAACAACACUGCCACAACAGCCAUGAUGCUUCCCAUUGCAAACGCCAUCCUGGCGAGCCUGUUUGGGGACCUGGAGACCCUGAAGCAAAAGUCCCAAACCCCAAAGGAUCAUGACAAUGUUGCACUAACUGGUCGAAAAUCACUGAGGAUGCAUGCGGUGCCAUCAGAGCCUUCAGAAAAACUUGUGCUGUCAUUGGAAAGGGUGGAAGCCUUGGAGCCUCCAGACACGAGGUCGGCUGAGGAGAUCCGGUUAGAGGCAGAGUAUCAGCUGAAAGUGUGGAAAGGAUUCUUGAUCUCUAUUCCCUAUGCUGCCAGUAUUGGAGGUACAGCGACGCUGACAGGCACAGCACCGAACCUCAUCCUGAUCGGACAGCUCAAAAGCUACUUCCCAGACUGUGAUCUCAUCAACUUUGGCUCUUGGUUUGCCUUUGCCUUCCCCCUUAUGGUUCUCUUUCUGUUUUUGAGUUGGCUUUGGAUUUCUUAUCUCUACGGCGGACUGAAUACAAGGUUAUGUUUCCCGAAACAUGACCACAGAGACAAGGCAGAGGCCAGAGCCAAAGCUCUCAUUAUGGAAGAUUACAGAAAACUGGGGCCCAUGAACUUUGCAGAAGGGUCCAUCUCUUUCUUUUUUUCUUUAUUCGCUCUUCUUCUGUUCUCAAGAGAUCCCAAAUUUGUUACUGGAUGGUCUGUGUUUUUCAAAAAAGGGUAUGUCUCAGAUGCUGUCACUGGUAUCAUCAUUGUGUCCAUGUUGUUCUUCUUCCCAUCACAAAAACCCUCUCUGACUUGGUGGCGUGACCCAAAAGCUGUAAACACUCCAUACAUCCCUCUGCUUUCGUGGAAAAAGGCCCAGGACUCUGUUCCUUGGAACAUUCUCCUCUUGCUUGGAGGCGGCUUUGCAAUGGCCAAAGGUUGUGAGGAGUCUGGCCUCGCGUCCUGGAUCGGAGGCCACCUCCAGCCCUUGGCUGAAGUUCCCCCAGCUGUAGCUGCGAUUUUGAUCACUGCUUUCCUGGCUUGUUUCACUGAGUUUGCCAGCAACACAGCGACUGUUAUUAUAUUUCUACCCAUCAUUGCUGAACUGGCCGUUCUUGUCUCUGUGAACCCCCUGUACUUUAUGAUUCCUGGCACUGUGGGAUGUUCAUAUGCCUUCAUGCUUCCUGUUUCCACUCCACCCAACUCUAUCGCCUUUGCAUCCGGACAUCUCUUGGUCAAAGACAUGGUGAAAACCGGCUUUGUCAUGAACGUCCUGGGGAUCCUCUCCGUGUCUCUGGCUUUGAACACGUGGGGCGUCGCCAUGUUUAACUUGAAUUCCUACCCAAAAUGGGCUCAGCCCUCCAACAGUACUGCUGCCACUUCAAAGUUCGCUUCCCAUCCAUGAGGCCAGCCAAUGCCACACUUUGAAGAUGUAAAUGCAGAUUGUAUAUAAAUUUUAAAACUAAAACUAUACAUGAACACCUCUGUUUUUAAAUGUGCUAACCCGUUAGCAAAGCCUAAAGGUUCUUCUGCCCUUUAGGAAACCUGUUGCAGUUAUUGCUUCAUACUUUAAUGUUCACUUUGGCUUUAAGAUUUGUGAAUAUGCUAUUAAAAAAAUGCUGAAUUAUCAUACAUGAACAGGGCCAGAAGUACCAGAUGCUGUCAGAUUUAAGAAUUUCAGUAACAAAUCCAUUGAGUUUAAUCUGAUGUCGGCACCCUUUUUACAGUCUAAACAGCUUCAGCUCUUCUGGUUUUGGACUUUUCUUUUACAGAAACCCAUUUGUGAGGUCAGACACUGAUGUUGGACAAGAAGCCCUGGCUCUCAGUUUCUUCUCCAAUUCCUCCUAAAUGUGACUUUUGCAUGAUUGAUCUCCUUUAGCACUCCGACUAUGGCAGAAAUAUCUCGUAACAUUAUCUUUAGAGCCAUCCCAAUAAUCGACAACCUUAAAAUUGUCAGAAGGAGAUGAUCGGGUCAAACAUAGUCAUAAUUAGCUUGCUGUGUUGACUGGUGUUCAGAGGGCUGUAGCUAAUUUCUCUUUCUUUAUUCACCUCCAGCCAUUUUAUUUGUACAUAAAGCCAUUUUUCUUCAUAUACACAUUUGAUCAUAGAUCCAACAGACGACAAAUAAAAAGCAAAAUUAGAAAAAUCACAGAAAAUGUGGCAUCAGAACAGGGUAACGGCACCAAUAGCUACAAGUCUUAAUGACUUCUACUUGGUUAUAAUGGAUGCAACACCUGAGGAAAUAAUUUUGAGAGAGGAGCCAAUACACUUUACAAUACUAUACUUUAAAUUCUGUUUCAUAGAUGGUGCCGUUUGUAUUUCUUACUACAAGGCCAGUCAAAAAGAAGAGAAACAUCUGUGAAUAACUGAAUAAAUUUCAUCUAUCACUGAAAUUCAAACAGCGAUCGUGUUGGAGAAUCAUUCUGCACACAUUUCACUUCCAGUAAUUAAAACCUUCACCAACUGUA